CUUUUUUGGUGGUUUGGACGAGUCAGUGUUUACACAAAGAGCUGAAUCGUUAGUGGAUGUUGUCAAGAAUAAUCAACAAAUGAACAUCAAGCACGAUAUGUAUCCGUCACAAAUGAACGCGAGCAUGCCACCCCCAUUUUCUACCUCAUACACAACUAGGGGGAUACACUCAUCCGUAGAACACCACAAUGAACUCCUCGAUCAGAUCUCUUUAACGAACAGUCUAGCAGAGAUACAAAACCCAAUGUUGGCGCACCAACAGUAUUCACAAAUCCCAAAUAAUGGUCAUAUGAACUCCGGCACACACGUGAUGCUCUCACAUGGCAUGGGAAUGCAUGAUCUAGACACCGACCCCCGAGAACUCGAAGCAUUUGCUGAGAGAUUCAAGCAAAGGCGCAUUAAAUUGGGGGUGACUCAAGCCGAUGUCGGUCGGGCUCUUGCAAAUUUGAAACUCCCCGGAGUGGGAGCUCUUAGUCAAAGCACGAUUUGCCGUUUUGAAUCACUUACCCUCAGUCACAACAACAUGAUAGCACUUAAACCUGUAUUAGCCGAAUGGUUAGACCAGGCAGAAGCGACGGCUAGAGCAAAGCGGGAGAACCCAUUAAUGGCAAACGGAGACAAAAAGCGAAAGCGUACGAGUAUAGCGGCUCCGGAAAAGCGAUCUUUAGAGGCGUAUUUCACUGUGCAGCCACGUCCGUCCAGCGAAAAAAUCGCCGCGAUUGCAGAGAAGCUGGAACUAAGGAAAAACGUUGUUCGUGUAUGGUUUUGUAAUCAAAGGCAGAAACAGAAACGGAUGAAAUAUUCAGCACAGGGUAGAUGAACAUUUAGUGAUAGGUAUUUUUAUCUAAACUUUUAUUUUGGUUUGCUAUCGUCACGACCACCGCCUGUGAAAAUGUGCAACCGAACAAGUUGAACUAACGAGCAAAAGAAGCGCUCAUCGCAUUACUCUUUUACUUGUAAUUAUCAGCACUGACUAUGGUAGACAUCACAUAGGACCCACAUGUAAAUUAUAAGAUUGGGUAAUCAUGAAGAAAAGGAUUGUAGCCGAGAGAACAUCGCUGGAGAGAUCAUACACGUCGAACAUACAUGUCCAGGCAACCGAGACCAUGCCUAUGCCUAUGGUGUGGCGUAAUGUGUAUACCCUCCUUUUAAACAAAUAUAUAAAAUAAACUACGAUCAAUUCCAAGAGAACUCUUGUUGAACUAGAGAGAACCUUCAUCGAGUAUUACAAUAACAAAUGCGACUUUUAACUUGAACAAAGCAUCUAACUCGGGAAAGCAAAAUUCUAUACAUAAAUCGAACUUCAGCUCAAAAGACAGUUUUCGACAGCAUUGACUAUUUUGUGUUCGUCAACCAAAUGAAUACCCGCGGGGAAAUCGAUGUAUCCUUUGUGCCAUGCUGCUGCGUAGUUACUUGAACGCAGUGACCAUGUACAGCAGACGAUCUUCAUACGAUACAAGCCUGGACCUAAGGACUCAAAAUGGCGGGCCAAAUAGAGUUGCUGUUGCAUGAACACUCUUUAAAGUAUUCCGAUAAAAUUAAUGAAUGUGGUAUGUUAGGCCUACCGGUGUUCAUUUAAUAGUCGAAUUACCUAG